AUUCGUAAAAUAUUUUACCAGGCCUAAAUUGCCAACGAAUCGAAUUUAACUAUGGCUUUUGGGCUUUAUUCGUUAAUAGAAGCUGUAAUAUUAUGUUUAAAUGCAGUGUGUAUCCUUCACGAAGAAAGGUUUUUAUCUAAGAUUGGUUGGGGCACAGAUCAGAGAGGGUUCGGUGAGCAGCCUGGGAUGAAAACACAAGUGAUGAAUUUAAUACGCUCAAUAAGAACAGUUAUGAGAAUACCACUGAUAGGCAUCAAUGUUAUAGUGAUAGGAUUUAUGUUAGUACUUGGAUGAUGAAUGGAGAGAGAAUGGAUAUGCUUGAUAAACUUGUAAAUGUAAGAUAUAUACAUACAACUGUGAAUGAACAGAUAUUGGUGCAAUGGAUGAAAAACAGAAAUAAACACGUCAAAUAUGAAACGCCAAUGGUUGAAACUUCAAAUAUGAAAACGCCAGGGUUCACUGAUAGAAUACUUUGCAAAAGGAUAGGAAAGAAUUAUAUGACCUGAAGAUAUUGUCACCUGAGGGCAAUAACUGGUAUUAAGUUUAGAAGGACUUUACCUGCUAUUGCACUGAGAUGACAUAUAUGGACUACAUGUAUUUAUUGACUAUUUGAUUUUAGUAUAGUGUUUGGGUAUAUACAGUGUAUUGUCUAUUUUGUAUGGACCAAAGUUAUUUGAAAGAACAUCUAUUUCAGUAAAGACUUUAUAUUAUAUAUACAUGUACUCAAUAAUUUAUACAAAAAAAUGUAAGGAUUGUGUGUUGAUUGAAUUACCAGAUGUAAGGUACUAUAGAAUGUUCAGUGUUAAUUGGAUGAUGACAUUGGAUAUACAUGUAUUAAACCCAUGAAAAACAAGAUAGAGAGUUUUUAAAAUGUCCUUAUGAAGGCUUAUAUAUAUUAAUAUAUAUAUCUGUUAAUUUUGUAUUCAUCUGUCCAUCUGCAAGUGCAUCAUUAUAUGGCAUUUAAAAUUAUAUUCAACUUACAAAUUGUUUAAGAUCAGUGUUUUGUUUUUAUCAAGAAUCUAUUUUUAAACUUAAUGCCCUGUAAAUAUCAUGAUUUCAGAAAGUGUUAUUGUUGUUAUAUUGCCUCCAAAGGCCUUUUUAUAAUCAUCUUUUAGGAAAACAUGUAUUUUUGAAUCUAAAUUUAGUUCAAUUACUGGAAAUAAAUCUGGGGUACACAUGUGACAUUGAAUUGUAUAGGCUAGCAAGACUGGGUACAGUGAUAUUAUUUACUCACUGUGAUAUUUGUUUUGACCCUCACCUCUCCUUGCAUCAUCAUGCAUGACAACUAUUGUUUAUAAGUCUCCUAAGGUUUAUAAGCUUACUUAGAAAUUAGAUGUAUAGCAAGUAUAUACAAUUAUUAUUAUACUUACUAUGCACCUACAUUGUAAUUGAUGACACAUUUUUAUUUUCUUCAUGGUGUAAAGCAAGAUACAAAAUGUACAUGCUGUUUUAUUUUUAAUAUAAACUAUAUUGCCCAACAAUUGAAUUAUAUGGCAAUAAUAAAGAGGUAUAUUGUGGUCAUUUUGAAAUGUGGAUCUCCAACCUUUACCCUGCUAAAACUGAUAGUGACUUAAAUGAUUGUAGUCUUUCCUUGAUCUGACCUGUUAAAGCUGCAUGCCUCCAGGUGAGCCAAAAUAUUUUUUUUUUAAAAAUACACUUGACAAAAAGGUCUAAGAUUUCAAGAAAAGUAAAAAAGAUUCAAGAUUCAAAUAAUAUAUUACAUGUUAUGAGUGAUAAAGGACUGAAUUUGCAGUAUUUACAGGGAUUUUAUUUUCAGUAUUCAAAACAACCUGUGACUUUCUGAAGGGGAAAAUAAAGUGUGAUAAAUCAAAAAGGGAAAAAAUCGAAUUCCAACAAUUCAGAAUUUCAAUUCAAUUUAACAUGCAUGGUACAUAGCAGAGACUAUCUAUAGGGGCAGCUUUCUGUCUUCUAGCUGAUAUAAGUCAGCUGCUGUUAAGUCGUGGUUCUGGUGAAGAAUGUGCACAGGGCAUUUUAGGGGAAAAUAUUAGCAUUUUUAGUGGAAAAUAUACGUAUUUUGUGCAAGGGAAAACAGCCUUUAUUCGGUUGUAAAAUAUAGGAAAAAAAUCACUUGAUUUAUCACAUUUCUACUGCGUUACUUAUGCAGGAGGGGCUAUUUUUGCUUGUUUUGACCUCUAAUAAUUUAUGUGGAUUGCAAGUGCUGUUUGCAAUGUGUAAAUUAUUUUCUUUGUACACUUCAUAAUAUUUUUAUUUGUAAAUUCGUUUUAAAAAAAUCAUAAAAAGAGCAUUAAUCUGGAGACAUACUGCUUUAAAUGGUUAAUAUCUCAUUAUACAUGUAAGAUAUAUGUUAAUGUUUGCCAUUGAUUCUAAUUGGUGAAAUAUGUUUGUAAAAGGUAUUCUUCAGUCAAUAAACUGUGAUCUGUA